UAGUCUUAUCCACUUUGCCCGUCGCUUCCGCCGCCGGCGUUUCCAGAAGCCAAGUUAAUAUAGCUACGCUGGGUUUGAAUUCGCAUUCCAAAAGGUUUGGAUAACCAGGUCAUUAUGACAUCAAGAAACUUUUUGUUUAUGAGAAGUAACUUUCUCUUGAGUUCACGAUAUUGGAUGUCCCAAUUUUCAGCAGAAGUUCUUUUCAAAUUAGUUUCAUUUAGGUAUUUUGGUGUGAAAAGUAAUAAUGCAGACAGUGAACCUUUGAAGAAUAAAGAACUACUGAAUAAUUUACUUACUAUGGGAGUAGAUAUUGACUUGGCGAAGAAACGACAGCCUGGGGUUUUCAACAGAAUUUGCACAAAUGAGCAGGACCUAGGAGAGUUCCUUCUGUCUAAAGGCGCUAACAAAGAAGUGAUUGCUAGUAUCAUAUCAAGAUAUCCACGAGCCAUAACACGUGAAGUUGAAAGUCUUUCAUAUCGGUGGAAUCUGUGGAGGAAGAUUAUGACAUCAGACCUUGAAAUUGUAAAUGUUUUGGAACGAUCUCCUGAAUCCUUUUUUCGGUCCAAUAACAACUUAAACUUGGAGAAUAAUAUAAAGUUCUUCUACUCAGUUGGAUUCUCCCGUCAGUGUCUUUGUCGAUUGCUGACCAGUGCCCCACGUACAUUUUCCAAUAGCCUUGAUCUGAAUAAACAGAUGGUUGAACUUUUGCAGGGAGUUUGUUUGUCCCUAGGUCACAGUGAUCCUGCAGAUUUUCUCAGGAAGAUAAUUUUAAAAAACCCAUUCAUCCUAAUUCAGAGCACCAAACGGGUAAAGACUAACAUUGAGUUUUUACAGUCAACUUUCAAAUUGAGCAAUGAGGAACUGCUUGUUCUGCUAUGUGGUCCAGCCGCGGAAAUCCUAGACCUUUCCAAUAGCUGUACCAAAAGAAACUACACAAAUAUCAAAGAGAAACUGUUUUCCCUUGGGUGUACUGAAGAAGAAAUACAUAAGUUUGUUUUAAGCUAUCCAGAUGUGAUCUUCUUGGGAGCUAACAAGUUUAAUGAUAAAAUAAACUGCCUCAUAGAAGGAAAAAUUACGGUUUCACAAAUAAUCGAAAAUCCUCGGAUUUUGGAUUCAAGCAUAAGUACUUUAAAAAGUCGAAUUAAAGAAUUAGUAGAUGCUGGCUAUGACCUUAGUACAUCAAACAUAGCUGUUCUGUCUUGGAGUAAAAAAAGAUAUAAUGCUAAAUUGAAAAAGUUAAACAUUCAGUUUGAGGAACCUAGAAAAUAGUCAUUAUUUGGGGCCUCGAGGAGAUAGAUACCAUAGUAGAGUACACAUUUUACUCCAACAAGGACCCAGGUUUCAGCUGCUGAACGCCAUAUGGGAACUCCAUACAAAGGGAAAGCUUCACAAGUGCCAGAGUGGUGCUGUUUUACCACUCUAUCUCUGUCUCAAUCUCUUCUACUUAAAAAAAUUUUUUUAAAAAAAUUAUCUUUAUUUAUUUAUUGGAUAGAGACGGCCAGAAAUAAAGAGGGAAGAGGAGAUAAGAGGAGGGAGAAAGAGAGACAACUGCAAUACUGCUUUACCAUUUGCAAAGCCUCCCCCCUGCAGAUGGGGACUAGGGGAUUGAACUCAGGUUCCUUGCGCAUUGUAAGAUGUGCAUUGAGCCAGAUGCACCACCACCUUUCCUGUCUCUCUCUAGCUCCGUCUCCGUCUCCAUCUCCAUCUCCAUCUCCAUCUCCAUCUCCAUCUCCAUCUGUCUGGAAAGAAGAAAAGUAACUUCUGUGAGCAGUAAAAUUGCACAGGUGUGAAACCCCAGCAAAAGCCUGGUGGCAAAAAAUAAAACAAAAUAAAUCAUUA